AUGAUAUUCAAUGAUUCUUCUGUUUUGGUGGAAAACUAUGUUAUAACAACACCAGGACCACCUGUAUCUUUUGGAAUUGGUUCCAUUUUAUUAAUAAUAUUUAUGGGUUUUUUAUCUGUUAUAACAGUUUUGGGUAAUUUGGUUGUGCUUUUAUCGUACUAUUUAGAAAAAAAUAUUCGUCAACCAUCAAAUUACUUCAUCUUCAGUUUAGCUGUUUCAGAUUUGAUUAUUGGUUUGGAAGGUUUUCCGGUUUUUACAUAUGUGGUUUUAAAUAACAAUCAUUGGCAUUAUGGAGAAUUUCUUUGUUACCUGUGGUUAUCUGUAGAUUAUUCUGUUUGUCUUGCAUCAAUUUACACAGUAUUAGGUAUAACAAUUGAUAGAUUUUGUUCUGUUAAAUAUCCUGCCAUAUAUCGAAAUUGGAGAACACCAAAAAAAAUGUUAUUAAUUAUUACAGCAAUAUGGAUGAUUCCAAGUGUUUUAUUUACUGCUUCUACUUUUGGAUAUGAAACAUUUACAGGCCAUAAAAGACCACCUGAUUCAACGGAUUGUAUAGUGCCAUUUAUGACAGAUCCUUAUGUAAAUAUGACUAUGUAUAUUUCUUAUUAUUGGUCUACCCUUGUUAUAAUGCUUAUUCUUUAUUAUGGAAUUUAUAGAGCUGCAAAAAAAUUAGCAGUGAAAAAUGAGCAGCGCCAAGGUAGAAUUGCACUUGUAGCAGAAAUGAAAAAGAAUUGUCAUAUGAAACCAGCGGAUGUCUCAACAACUAUUCCAGCAUUUUCAGAAACAGGCUUUUCUAAUAGUAUUCUUGAUUCACAACCUGAUACUUCUGAUAGUACUUAUUCUAGAUCUCAUACAUUAUAUUCUGUUAAUGCUGCAUGUCAACAACCACCUCAAUUAAAUAAUUCUUUACCUUGUAAUCUUUCUUCAACUAAAAAUAAUAGUUACAAUGGUUCACUAGUUUUGUUAACAAAUAUAGAUAUACAAAAAAAAGAAGAUGAGAAAUAUGUUAAUGAAAAUAAUGAUAUUAUAACAAUUCAUAAACAAAAUAAUAAGGAUGCUAAAAUUGUUAACAGUAAUAGUAGUGAUAGUGGUAUUAGCAGCGCAAAUUUGCCACCAAAACUUAACAAAAAUAAUGAAAUGUUAAGAAAUAAUAGUUUACGUUUCCAUGAUUCACCAAUUAUAGAAACUGCUAUUGAAAUUGCAUCUAUACAACCAAUAUUUAAUGAAACAGAUACAUAUACAGUAAUUGAUAUUCAAUCAAAAUCUACUAUAAAAAAUCAAGAUAACGAAAUAAAUGAUACAAGUAUAUUAAAAAGUUUUAGUAUACUUGAAGAUCAAAUACCAUUUAUUGAUGAUGAUACAAAAUCAUUAAAUUCUCGUGGUGCAUCGAGAAGAAAAAUUAAUCGUUUAAGUAUUCGUCAUAUCUCUCCUGCAACAUCAACAUUUUCACUUUCAUUCUUUUCAAUAACAUCACCUCCACCUCCACCAACAGAUAAUUGUUUAACACAAGAUGAAAAAAGUUCAAUGAAAAUAAAUAAUGAAGAAAAUAUUACUACAAUAACAACAACGUCAAAUUUAUUAUCAAAAAAUGAUGAGGAUGAUGAAGAUGAUGACAAAAAAAUUACAAAAUAUCUUGAAAUAGAUAAAACAUCAUCUAAUAUAUAUUCUUUAAACGAAGAAAGUAAUAAAUUGGAAGACCAAAAUAAUAAUGAUACAGUACACAUGGGAGUUAGUUCAAAUAAUGGAUUGAAUGAAAAAAAGUCUGUUAAAACAGCUUCAUUUUUACGGUCUAAGUUGCAUCGAGGGUCUACUAGACGUUUAAAAAAGUCAUCAACCAGAGUAAAGGCACGUUCUGCUUCCGCGUUAUUAAAUGAAGUUUGUGAUAGAUAUGAUAAAGAAAAAAAUUCUGGUGUCAUUAGUCAUUAUCUAGAUGAUGAGGAAAAAAAUUUUAGAAAACCAUUAAUAUCAUUAAAUCAACGAAAAUUUUAUAAAAUUUCAUUAGAAAGAAGUAAUUUUACCAGUACAGCAGCAAAUUCUUUAACAAGAUUUUUAAGAUUAAUUAGAAGACCACAAAUAUCAAAAUUAAAUUCAAUUGGUAUUGGUAAAUCAUGCAACAAGAAAAACUCAGGAAAUAUUAAUGCAUCAAGAAGUGAAAAUAGAGCAAGAAAAGCUUUAAGAACCAUUACGGUUAUAUUGGGAACUUUUGUAGUUCUUUGGACACCUUUUUAUAUUCUUGCUACAAUAUACGGUUUCUGUGCAUCAUGCAUAAACUCGCCAACUUUUAAUCUUUUAUACAGUAUGUCUUAUUACUUUUGUUAUUGCAAUAGUCCAUUGAAUCCAUUUUGUUAUGCUAUGGCAAAUCUACAAUUUAAAAAAACAUUUAAACGAAUAUUGCGGUUUGACUUCCGUAGGACGUAG